GUGUGUGUGUGUUUGUCUGUCCCCAGGCCUCCAGGGGUCCCUGCCUCUCGUCCCACUUCCACAGCGGCGUCUGGGGAGAGCAGCUGCCGUAGCGACGAGGCCGCCUGGCGCUUCAGCUCCCUCUGGCGGUAGCUCCACGUCUGGAGCAGCGGCCGGACCUAAGAGAGAUGGCGCUAAACCCGCCCCAUCUGCUGCCAGGAAGCCCUCAGCUGCUGCACCUGCCGGCCGUGCCCCUCCUGCCACCUCCAGGACUGCCGCCCCCCCCCUCCACCACCACCACAGCCCCCCCUCGCAGCACCUCCGCGUCCCGAGCUCCUCCCCCUUCCCGAUCUGCCACCACCACCAAGACCACUGCAAGAGCUGCUUCUGCUCCUAGAGCUCCUGUUGCAGCAGGUUCUGCUUCUAGAGCGCCUGCUGCAUCAGGUUCCGCUUCUAGAACUACAGCUGCAGCAGGUUCCACUUCUAAAACUACAGCUGCAGCAGGCUCUGCUUCGAGAAGUACAACAGGCUCCGCCUCUGCUAAAGCCCACCCCAAUGUUAGCUCCACCUCCAAAGCGCCUAAUUCAGGCCCCGCCUCCUCUGCCAAAGCCACGCCCUCCAAGGUGACCCAACCCAGGAGCCUGCAGGGCACGCCCCAGAGGCGUGUCAUGGCCAGCCCCCGCCCCACCUCAUUGGCCGCCGCACCGCCCGCGGGCUCCAAGCGGGGCUCCAAGCCCACUCAGCCCGUGCCCCCAUUGGCCCUCAACGGCAAGCCCGCAGGGAAGAGACCCGCCCAGCCCCCCGACACCAAGGCCCCCUCGGCUGGACCGGCACACGCCGCUGAGGUAACCGCUGCUGCGGCGACAAGCAUCACCGUAGCAGCAGUAGCGGCAGCAGCUUCCUCGGGCCUGGAAAAGGCUCCUGCUGAGGUGCAGCCAGAGGUGCAGUCUGCAGAUGCACCACUAGGGGGCAUUAGCUCUGCUGUAGAUGAAGAAGCAGCAGUAGAAGAGGAAGAAGAAGCAGCAGCAGCUGGGGUCUCUGGCCCCCCCAGUCCCACUCGCCCCCCACAGGAGCCCUCCAGCACUCUGGCACAACAGGAGCAGCAGACGGAUGAGGACGCUCACCUGACCGGAGAGCCGCACACUGGGAAGGAUGCGUCCUCACCCCAUAGGGAACACACUGGGAAGGAUGCGUCCUCACCCCAUAGGGAACACACUGGGAAGGAUGCGUCCUCACCCCAAAGGGAACACACUGGGAAGGAUGCGUCCUCACCCCAUAGGGAACACACUGGGAAGGAUGCGUCCUCACCCCAUAGGGAACACACUGGGAAGGAUGCGUCCUCACCCCAAAGGGAACACACUGGGAAGGAUGCGUCCUCACCCCAAGAACUGCAAAAUGCUGGUCAGCCCCAAGAGCCGAUGUCUGUUGAGGACGCUUCCGUGACCAUGACCUUUGACCCCUCCCGAGCUGCCUGUGAGCAGGCCCCCAGUUACCCUGACCUGUCCUCCGCCACCACCAGCAGUAACCAUGACGACCAGGAGGAGGAGGAAGGCGGCAGCCAGCAGGUGUCUCUCUCGGACAUGAGCGGGACCCAGCCCACCGAGGAGGCGGUUGCCGAGGGGGAGGGGUCUCGUCCAGGCUCCUCCCUCUGGCACGCAGCGGCGGGAGCAGCGGCUGCUGCGGCGGCGGACUCUGAGGACGGCAGCUGCAGCCAGCAGGGCCUGCUGGAGGGCACAGAGAGCACAGACGACCUGGGCGCCGACGCCAGCCUCAAGGGCCCCGACGACCUUGCGCCCUCCGCAGGCUCGCCCGACUCCGAGAGGGUCCCCGAGCUGCGCGCCGACGAGGACGACGAGGAGGUCGACGACGAGGACGACGAGGAGGACGAUCGCGUGUGCGACAUGGAGGUGGGGUCGGAGCGGGCAGACGGGCCUCCGCGGCGGCAGGGCGAGGAGGAGGAGGAAGACGAGGACGUAGAGAUGGCCAGCGAGCCCGUGACUGAGAGCGGGCUGGAGAGCUACGGCAACGAGGUGGACGACGAUGACGACCAGGACUUCCCCGACGACGACCACUUUGACAACCUGGAGCAGCUGCCCCCGGGCUCCCAGAUGCCCCAGCCCUGGGGGAGCCACCCCUGGACCCAGCCCCAUGCCCACCCCCUGCCCCACCCCAGCAGCCCCAGCCCAGAGCCCCUGGAGCCCCCCACCCCCACCCAGGAGCUCCCCGCCGCCCUCCGACCCUGCUCCUCCACAGCCCUCGCGGGGCAGGUGCAGGAGCUCCUUCUGGCCACUCCUCUGACCCCCUCCGCGCUUCCCGACAUCAUCCCGGCAACCAACCUCUGCUGGAGGGAGCCGCUGCAACCAGCAGCGCUCCAGACGCCCGGCUCUCCCGUCUCCUCGGCAACGGAGGACGAGACGAGCGACACGGAGGGCGAGAUGUUGCUGGACGAGCCGGCGGCCGCGGUGGCAACGGUGGCGGCGGUUGCUACGCAGGAGCAGCAGGCCGCGCCCCUCCCCGUCCUGGAGGAGAGCGAAGAGCCGGCCACCCCCACCGCCUGCCCAGAGGAGGAGGAGGAUGAAGGUGCCCCGUCGCGCUCCGCAACCGUCUCCUCCGGCCUGGAGAGCGGCCCGACGCCGUCACCGGGCUUGCUCUCCCUGGAGGAGCCGUCGUCGUCGUCGUCGACCGCCGAGAAGGAGGAGGAGGAGCCUAAAGGGGCGUCGAGCGUCCACGCGGUGGAGGAGGGAGCGUUGGAGCUGGCGCCCCUCAGCCUGGAGCAGGAGGGCUACAUGCAGUGCGGCGCGCCCCACGCAGAGCGGCCUGAGCUGGGCAAGGCCCUCGAGGAGGAGUCCCUGGAGCCUGGGGCGGGGCUGGAGGGGUUUCUCCAGCUAUGCCCUGCCCCCAUAUUAGGCCAUGUCUUCCACAAGCCCCACCCCUUUGAGGAUGCUAACCCGUCCCAGCCGUACUUCGCCACCUUCGGGGAGAAGAGUGACGACUCGCUGGCAGAGAGAAUCUGAUUGAAAAAGAUUGACAUGGGGAAAAAAAACAGAAUGAGAAGGGGUGAAGGUGAAAGACUGAACCCAGCUGUGUUCUUACGCUAUGGCAACGCUCAGCCGUGUUCUUCCCUGUGUGCUAAAUGCUCUGCGCUGUCAGCAGCGCUAUGGCAACGCUCUCUUGUGUGUGCAAUGGCUGCAGUGGACUCUUAGAAUGGACGGUUGGGAACGGAAACUGUGUUUUUGUUUACUUGUUUGUUUGUUUGUUUGUUUGUUUGUUUCCUGAUCUUUUAUAAUGAGUGUUAUGAGCAGACAGAGCUGGUGUGGGUUGGGUUGGACAUUGGGCUGGGAGGCUGGAGUGAUCCUGUUGAGCUGAUGGAUGUUGCUAAACUUUGCACAAAAAAAAUCUAAACCGCUAUUGCACUUUAGGGGGUGGUGUAAACCCUCCCACUGACACACGUACAUACAUAUACACAUACGCACGCACAUACUAACGGAUACACACACACACAGACUUAAGCACACACAGGCGCACACACCUCUGUGAUGUCAUCUGCUGGUCUUUGUCAAUGUCUCCCUCCUGCACUGCAACUGUCUGAGUGUGAAAUGCUAAAAGUGAUGAAAUAAUAAUAAAGGUGAUGUGUUUA